AAAGCAGGUUCAGGAGUACCAUGUCAAAAGCCUACCCACCCCAUCAUACAAUCAAAAUCACAAAGACUAGCAGCAGCAUAAAGACAUUCUCCCCAAGGUCUCCCUUUUACUCUGAAGACAAUACUGCAGGCCAAAGGCGGUCUAAGACCUUGGAGAUGGAUUCGCACACCCUCUGGUGGCUACGCCAGGUCCUAGCGUGCCCAGGAGCGCAGCUGUCCCGCCCCUUGCAGCAGUAGCCAAUGGGAGCUCAGGUCCCCACCCCCUUCGUGAUCGUCCAGUGGCGAGUACUUAGAAGCCGACCUGGAAAGCGCACAGUGAAAGCUAGCGGAGCUGAAGGGGAGUAACGAGCGGCUCCACCUCACCAACGGGAACUGGAGAGCAGGGGGGACAGGAAAGCAGGAGCGACCGGCUGUGCAGAGCGGGGUCCACUUUGUGCUUCCCUAGCUAUGGGCCAUCCAGUGCCAUGUACAUCUUGCCCGAGCAGCUGUGGGUGAGUCCUUGAGUUGUGACCUGAAUAGAGCUGCCCUACCUCAGGAGUCUCUGGUGGUUGCUGCUAUGGCCAGGCUGGUGCCACUGGGUGCACUGCUGUGCAUGCUGCGCGUCGGGCUAGGCACCUUGGAGUCUGAGGGCUUCCCGCCCCCUACACCCCACAACUGCCCCAGUGAAUGCAUCUGUGCGGCCGACGUGCUGAGCUGUGCUGGCCUCGGGUUACGGGAUGUUCCAGCCAUGUUACCUGCCGCAGUUACGGAUCUCGACCUGAGCCACAACGCAUUCCAGCGCCUGCAACCUGGCUGGUUGGUGCCCCACUCCCGGCUGCGCGCCCUGCACCUAAGUCACAACAAACUAGACAUGUUGGGUCAUGGUAUCUUCACCAAUGCCAGCGGCCUGAGGCUGCUUGAUCUAUCAUCUAAUGCACUGCAGGCGCUUGGAAGCCACGACCUUGACGGGUUGGGGGCCCUGGAGAGGCUGCUUCUGUUCAAUAACUGCCUGGUGCGCUUAGACAUGCACGCCUUCCAUGGCCUGGGCAUGCUCAGUCGCCUUUAUCUGGGCUCCAAUAAACUCGCAUCUUUUUCUUUUGACAACCUGCAUGGUCUGGGUGCAGCCCACCUGCGUACUCUGGACCUCUCCUCCAACCAGCUGGGUCACAUCUCUGUCCCUGAGCUGGCCUCAUUGCCAGUAUUCCUGAAGAAUGGUCUCUACUUGCACAACAACCCACUGCCCUGCGACUGCCACCUCUAUCACCUGCUGUGGCGCUGGCACCAGCGCGGCUUAAGCGCUGUACGUGACUUUGCUCGUGAGUACACGUGCUUGGCCUUUAAGGUACAGGCAUCCCGCGUGCGCUUCUUUGAGCACAGCCGGGUCUUCGAGAACUGCUCAGCUGCUGCAGCUCUUGGCCUGGAGCGGCCAGAAGAGCAGCUGCACACACAGGUGGGCCAGUCCCUUAGGCUCUACUGCAACACCAGUGCCCCUGCCAUGCGUAUUGUCUGGGUUUCACCACAGAAUGAGCUACUUGCGGCACCAGGAUCAAGCGAUGGUAGCAUUGCAGUGCUGCCCGAUGGCAGCUUAGCCAUAGGCAAAGUACAGCAGCAGCACGCAGGCAUCUUUGUGUGCCUGGCUACUGGGCCCCGCCUGCACCACAACCAGACGCUUGAGUACAACGUGAGUGUGCACUUCCCGCGCCCAGAGCCUGAGGCUUUCAACACUGGCUUCACCACACUGCUGGGCUGCGGUGUGGGCCUGGUACUUGUGCUGCUCUACUUAUUUGCGCCACCCUGCCAUGGCUGCUGCCGCUGCUGCUGCUGCUGCUGCCGCCGCACCUGCCGCAACCACCACUGGCCACGACCACCCAGCCCACUCCAGGAGCUGAGUGCACAGUCCUCAGUGCUCAGUGCUACACCACCAGAUGCGCCCAGCCGCAAGGCCAGUGUCCACAAGCACGUGGUCUUCCUGGAGCCAGGCAGAAGAGGCCUCAAUGGACGUGCGCAGUUGGCUGUAGCUGAGAACUUUGAUCUCUGCAAUCCUGUGGGCCUGCCAUUCCAGGCUGGCCCUAAGUCUGCCAGCUCCACCAGCUCAGAAGGUCUCAUGAUGACCUAGGCUACCUGGGCCCCCACCUAGGUGAUGGCCCUUCUGCUACUUGCCCUGCUCCCUGCUGCAGUCCAGAGAACUGGCAGGUGCUGUGUGGGCCUUGACUUGAACCAUAAUGGCCCUACUCAACUGGUAGAGGGGUUGGGAUCCCCAACUUGCCUCCUGCUCUGCCAAGUAGUACAGGACUUCAAAGCCCCAGACCUUAGCAGAGACUGCUAGAGCCUGUUUUCCCUAGGCCCUCUUAAUGCCCACAUGUCCUAUAAGAACUGGGGACAAAGCCUAUCUAGUAAGAGCCCUGGCACCACCUUCAGGCCAAGGCAGAUGUUAAAGAGUAGAAGAGUGGAGGCACACCACCUUCUCCUUUCCCUCAGGGAGCAGGCCCACUGGGAAAAGGGAGGAGGGUUAUUUGCAGCCUCCUCCCAAUCAGGAGGAAACAAGCCCUCUGGUGAAACAGGAACCCCCUCCCUCACCAUCCAGCCUGAAAGCUCCACAACUUCAUGUGUAGUCUGAUUAGGAGGCAUUAGGUAGACACUCAGAGAGACCCUAGAGAGCCUGGCCUGACCCCCAGGGCUUGGCCCUGCUCUCUCCAGCUAGGGCAUCCAGCAGUUGCUCUAAAGGCAAAGCAGCAAAAAGUCUGGUGAGCAUGGCUAAACUGGGAUGGCCCAGCUGAAAUGCGAUUAUCCCUGGAGAGCAGUUGUCUCUUAAGGACUUGUACUGUUCUCAGCCUAAUAGCUGAGGCAUUGCCCUGGCUUCACAUGCAUCUCCCCAUUCCCACUGCAGGGAAGCACGGAAGAGGAUCUGGGAGCCCAAGGUGUAUGGGCUGAGUUGGGGUCCCCAUGGCUGUCCUAGAUUAUGCUGUUAUGGAAUUUCAUAAUAAAGGCAGUACAUGCUCAUUGUUGGAGCCUUGUCAAACACAAGUAGCAUUCUGGCUCUUGAUCCAGCAGUGUUGCCCUAGCCAUCACAGGAUGAUACACCUCCCUGGCUCUUGGUCCCCCACUUGAGUCACAGUCACAAACCCUGUCCUGCUGGGAUCCCUGAUACUCCAACCCAGAGAAGUUGCCACUGGCACUGUUUAGGCAGUUCACACUUCACCCCCUCUCCUCUGCCUCAAAGCCUGAUAUUGAAGUCUGUCUGUGAGAUGAGAAAACUAUGGUACAGGGAACAGGGAAGCCCUGCCCAGCCCUUCCUCAAAGGGCACGCCCAGCUCCCAUGGGGGCCAGCAGUGCUCAAC